AGGAGCAAAGGUACUAGGUGCAAGAGAAACGAGAGAGAAAUUAAGUGCUAGCUUGAGUUGGUGCUUGUGUCUUGGCAGAUCGUCGAUGGAGAUAAAGACUCUUGUUUUCCAGGAGGUGAUGAGCGAUGCAGAUCAUCAUCAGAAGGGUGGUUUCCUGCAUCUGGGAUCCAAGAAACAAGCUGCAGAUGUAAGGCAGAUAAGAAGCAACGUGGCAAGCAUGGCUACAGAUGAAUAUUAUCUGUCCCAUGGAAAUGAGUCGAAGGAUUACCGGGAAAGAAAAUUCCUGCAAAUCGGAGCAGAGUCUGAUGAGCUGCCUCGUCACGGCGCAGGCGACGGACCGGCCCGCGGGUUCCUCUCGCUUACCCUGGGAACAACGAACGCGCCAGCUUCGCGCGAGGGAGUGGAGGAGGCUAACGCAGCAGCGGUGCGAGCGCACGCGAGCGACGCCGACGACGUCGGUUUGGCCCUUGGGCUGCGCUGCAACAACGACGAGACAGUCGCCGGCGCCGCGGCUGCCACCAAGAGGCAGAGGACAAGCGUCAGCGGGGACGACGACCACAGCCAUCAUGGGCUUAGAGGAGGCAAGAUCGCGCCGCCGCAGCCGGAGAGGCCAGGUCGUGUCUCCUUCAGAGCGAGGUGCAGCGCAGCAACGAUGAACGACGGGUGCCAAUGGCGGAAGUACGGGCAGAAGGUGGCCAAAGGGAACCCGUGCCCGCGCGCCUACUACCGCUGCACCGGCGCGCCCGACUGCCCCGUCAGGAAGAAGGUCCAGAGAUGCGCUCAAGACAUGUCCGUGCUGGUCGCCACCUACGAGGGCGUCCACAACCACCCGCUCACGCCCUACGCCGCCGCCAUGGCGUCCGCCAUGCUCGCGUCCGCCGCCUCAUCAUCACCAUCUGCGCCACGGGACGCGGCAGGUGCUGCUACCACCACUCUCCGCGCCAACGACGCGCCGCGGCUGGUGGUGCCCCUGGCCGUGCUGCCACCGCCGCCGCAGCGUUAUUCGUCGAGCAGCGCCGUGGCCGUCUCCGGCGCGCCGGCAGCGUCGUCGAGCCAGAACCCGAUGGCUAGCAUCAUGGAGAAUGCGGUCGCGGACCCCAAGUUCCGUGCGGCGGUGAUGGCCGCCGUCGCGAGCUACGUCGGCGAGCAGUGCGGUGGAAGGAUUGGCGAUCUCCUGACGUUGGCACCUCCCUGCUAGCUAGCCAAUUAACGUGACAACAAGUACAGAUGAUAACAUGUGACUUGUAUACGAUUCUUUCAAUUCCAUUGCAUUUGUUCAUUCAUUUGUGGUUAAUUAGCUACUUCAGGUUGUAAUGAAGUUUUCACUUGUUGCUUUUUCUUAUGUUCCUCACUUUCUCAUGUAAGUACUAAAUCUCUUUGUUGAGACAUAGAUACAGUAUAACUGUAACAAGAUGCAACAUAACUUUGGCAUUGCGGUGAAUUAUGAUAACCUUUCUUCGUGAAA